CGUGAUUCGUGACAGCGGAAUUAUGACUAUAAAUUUUAUUUAGAAAUGAAAGAUGAAAUAACUUAUAUUGCCUUUUAAAAGCAAAUAUGUGAAGAAAUUAAUAGAAAAUCUUAUCCCAAAUCUUUUUUAAAAAUCUGAAGAACCCGUGGGAAUAAUCCGCGCAAUCAUAUCUUAACAAUCAAUUCGAGAAAUAUAUCUUACCAAACCGAAUGAUAUCAAAUACCAUUAAAUUGGAAACAUGUGCCAUUCUAUACUGUUGUUUACUCAGUUACUAUCUUCCGAAAACAUAUCAGCGCAAUCAUUUUCUUGACCUUGCCAUAUAACUUUCAGCAUUUCGUAUAAGUUGUGCAUCUUGGAAGCAGAGUAGUGACAAAGCUUCAAAUUGCUGGAUCUAUGAUUCGUCCCUAGUAUUCUUGAAAAAUUAAUUUAAAGCAUUCAAAAAAUAAUUUAACAUCAUGAAGUCAAAAAUUGUUGAAUGUGUGCCAAAUUUCUCUGAGGGCCAAAAUCAAGAAAUCAUAGAUGCCAUAUCAGCAGCUAUUCGUUCUACAAAUGGAGUUUCUUUACUUGAUGUUGAUCCUGGGCCUUCCACUAAUAGAACAGUUUAUACCUUUGUUGGAAACCCUGAUGCAGUAAUUGAAGGUGCAUUAAAUGCUGCUCGAGUUGCAUUUAAACUUAUUGACAUGGCCAAGCAUAAAGGAGAGCAUCCUCGGUUAGGAGCUUUGGAUGUAUGCCCAUUUAUUCCAGUUCAGAAUGUAGAAAUGGAAGAAUGCAUUUUUUGUGCUAGAAAGUUUGCAGAAAAAUUAUCUGCAGAAUUAAAAGUUCCAGUCUAUUUAUAUGGUUUUGCAUCAGAACAAGAAUAUAGAAAAACAGUUCCUCAGAUACGAGCUGGGGAAUAUGAAGGAAUUCUUGAAAAGAUUGUGAAACCAGAAUGGCAUCCAGACUUCGGACCUGCUGAAUUUGUUCCCAACUGGGGUGCAACAAUGGCUGGUGCUAGGAAGUUUCUAAUAGCUUAUAAUGUAAAUGUACUUGGUACAAAAGAACAAGCACAUCGGAUUGCAUUGGACAUUCGAGAACAAGGACGAAGCAAAGAAGAGCCAGGAAAGCUAAAAAAAUGCCAAGCAAUUGGAUGGUGGUUGGAUGAAGCGAAUAUUGCACAAGUUUCUAUUAAUCUUACAGAUCAUGAUGUGACUCCUAUACAUAUUGCUUAUGAGGAGGUUUGUAAAGGUGCUAAAGACCUUAAAUUGGCUGUGACUGGGUCUCAAAUUGUUGGCAUUGUUCCAUUGAGGGCAAUCCUACAAGUUGCUGAUUUCUAUAUAAACAAGGAAAAUCUCUUCGUGUUAGAGGAAGACCAAAAGAUACAUUUGGCAAUCAACAGAUUGGGUUUGAAUUCAUUGGGACCUUUCAACCCUAAAGAACGAAUUAUUGAAUAUAUGCUUCCUGAUGAUGAUAGUGGCUCCCUGGUAAACAAGAGUGUUCAAGAUUUUGUGAAAACUGUGGCAGCUAGAACACCUGCUCCUGGUGGAGGUUCUGUAGCUGCUGCUGUAGCUGCUAUGGGUUCUGCUUUAUCCUGCAUGGUGGGACAAAUGACUUAUGGAAAACGUCAGUGGGAAAGGUAUGAUUCACAGAUGCGAAGAAUCAUUCCUGUUAUGCAUGAGGCUAUGAAGGAAUUGCUUUCUGUCAUUGAUGCAGACACAAAUGCAUUUAAUGAUUACAUGGCUGCUUUGAAACUACCAAAGGAAACUCCAGAAGAUAUUGUAAUGAGAGAAACAGCAUUGGAAGCUGGUCUGAAAAAAGCUAUAUCGGUGCCAAUGUCUGUUGCUAAAGCUGUGAGCAAAUUGUGGGAUUCUUUAAAAGAAUUGGCUACAAUAGCUAAUUUUGGAACAAAGUCUGACCUACAGGUUGGUGUAAAGUGCUUAGAAACUGGAGUUUUAGGUGCCUAUUAUAAUGUCAUUAUUAAUGCUGAAGGUAUUAAAGAUGAAAAAUAUAAAAAUGGAAUUUUAAAUGAAAUAGAAGAGUAUCGCACUUUGGCUGAAAAAGGCUGUCAAGAAACUUUGUUGAUUUUACAAGAAAGAAGAGCAUGAAUAUGACUGAUUAUUCAAAUAACCAUGCACAUCAUUUAUAUUGAAGUUAUAUUUUAAGAGUAUAUAUUUUGUUUUCAUGUUUAUAUUUUAAAAUGUUUUGUAAUCUAAGGUUGUAAUUUUAAAUAUUUUACUUUUUUUUUUUUUUUUUUGCUCUUAUAAUUAUUUUAUCAUUGUAAAUAUAUCGUCAUUAAUUUUAUAUUUUAAUAUCAAUAUUGAUCUUUUAAAAUUUCAAAAUUUGAAAUUAAUUACCUCUUUUUUUUUUUUUUUACAUAAAUAUAAUUUUGUAAUUAAAAUCAAAUGCCUUGCUUCGGUUAAACUAGCACAAGAAAGUGUUCAUGUGCCAAUAAUAUAUCUGAAGGGUUUAUAUUGAGUAAUAUAAUCCCUGAAUGCUUCCAAUACCAUUGUAAAAAAUUUUUAUUUUUCUGUUUUGACUUAGAUGAUGCAUAAUUCUCCCAAUGUCAACUCAGACAAUUUUUGCUAGAAAAAAUUAUGCAUUUAUUUUAACUAUAUGAAUUGUUUUUCCUCUAUGUGAAUAGAGAAAUAAUGUUACUAAUGUUGAACAGAAGAAGUAAAUUUAUUUUCGUAAAAUAAUUUUUUUUUUGUUGAAAAAUUUCUGAGUUUUCAUAAUAAAACAGUUUGGGGAAUUUUCAUGAGAAUCAUAUGUCUAACAAUGCAAUAUUAAAGCAACUCAUUUCUAAAAUGCUGCAUUUUGAAUUUUAUUGGAAAGACUAUUUUUUUUUUUUUCAAUUGUCUUUUAAGUUAUGAGAUGAAAUAAUAUCAUUAAAAAAAUACCAGAUUUUUAUAUAUACUGUUAUUUACAAAAUUGUGUUUAUAUUUUGAACUAAAGCCUAAAUUAUUUCAGCCCAUUUAACUUUAGAUGGAUUUUUUAUUAAAUAUUUUUUAAUUAGCUUUUCAACAUCAUUUUCUACAUUGUGAGUGUUUCCUUUUAUUUAAUCAUUAAAUCAGUUAAACUUUUCAAUUAUAAUUUACCUUGCUUUCAUGAAGAAAAAAGAAUAAAAUGUAAGGAAAAUUUUUAUUUAUAGCAAACGGCAAGUAAUGAAUGAAAUAAAAUCAGUGUAAAGCAACUAUUUAGGGGAUUAAAAAAUUAUCAUAAGUACAAAAAAUUAUUUCACUAAUUUUCUAAAAGUAAUACUUUUUUUUAUGAUUUUCCAUUAUAUUAAUGAAUUUUUUUACAAGAAUGUAAAAAAUGAUGUUAUAUAUUAUUCAUUCAAUCAAAUAUUUUCUUUAUUUUUUGAUUAAAAGUUCUGUAUUUAUUAAUUAAAAUUUUUAAUAAAGAUUGAAUGUAAUAGUUCCUUAAUCACUGUAGAAUAUAAAGGAAUGAUCUCUUUUGGGAAUGUUUUGUGAUUUGCCUAGACAAAGUACUUUUUUUUUAUAUAGAAAUAUCAGAAAGGUAACAAUAUUAUUUGAAAACCUUUCUGAUAAGAGAGCUUAUUUCAUUCAUAAUUUUUUUAGGUAUAGCAUCAUUUGCUUUAUGUUUUGUAUGUUCUAUACAAUUUAUAAGAAGAAGAGUAUCCAUCUAGUGGCACUGAAAACAACCUAACUGCAACAUUUUUGCAAAAUAAUAAUCACACACUACGCUCAAUUUAUUUCACAUUGAUGCUCAAAAAUUUGUUAUGCUAUUCAAGCAGAAAAUUUCACCAUGUGUGAUACUCAAACUUUUUAUAUCUGAGAUUAUUCACUUCAACAACAAGUAUUAAUGGUAGUUUUGAAAACUGUUUUAAAUUACUUUAUUGUUUUAUGAAUAUGGCAUGAAUUUUUAGAAAUAAUAAUCUUUUUAAAAUAUUAAUAUUAUUUAUAUCGAUUUUCAUUUUUAAAGCAUAUGGUUUGUUUUAAAAAUGCUUUAUAGUUUUUAUAUAUUUUGCUAAAAUAAGCCUUAAAUACUUGCUUAUUUUUACAAAUUAUCAUUUUUAUAACUUCUUCCUUGCAUUCUCAUUCUCAGAAUUCAUUUAUGAUUUAUAACAUUAUAUUUUUAACAAUUUGAGGGAAAAGAAAGAAUGAGGGAAAAAAACAGUUUGCUUUGGAAAAUUUGAGCUACAAAUUAGCUGUAGAAGUAAUUAUCUUAGCUUUUUUCUCAGAUAUAGUUGAUCUAUCUCAACAAUUAUAGAUAUAGUUCUCACUACUUAAUUAUUAAGAUAUUUCUAGGUUACAUCACAGAUAUAAAUACAAUUUGUAAAAUUUUAAA